CGCGGAGGGCUGUUCUUCUGGUGUCUCCGCUGCCGUGGCGUCUUGUAACCCAGCAGCGCCGAGUCGAGUCUGUUCGUUCCGCGCGAUGAGCGAUGGCGCAGAGCGCGCCCCCGUGUACGAGCAGGCGCGGAGUCUGCAGGACGCGGGCGCUGACUGGGACCUGGCGAACGACGUGUUCGAGUGCUGCUGCGAGCAGCCGGUGGGCGAGCCGCUCCCGCCCGGGCUGGACGGACACCUGCCGCCGCAGGAAGCCAUGAUGCUGGGCCUGGUGGAGGAGCCGUACCCCGGCUACCACAGCCACCACGGGCCCGGCGCCGCGUGCCUGGACGUCGACGCGGGCGGCGUGGCCGCCAGCAGGAGGCGGAACCGCUCGAACCGCUCGAGCGGCUCGAGACAGCGCUUCGAGGUGGUGGGCGAGCUGGGGCCCGAGGAGGUGCGCUGGUUCUACCGGGACGAGCGGAGGACCUGGAAGCCCUUCGUGGGACACGACUCGCUCAAGAUCGAACUGAUGUACCGCAGGUUCGGCGAGCUCACCCCGCCGCCGGCCGGCGCGAGACGCAGGGAGCUCCCGGACACGGAGGACGCCGCGCAAGCGCAGCCGCAGGGGGCGGACGCCGGGGGCGAGCCCUCGGAGGAGAGGGGGCUGCUGGAGGUCGAUCCGGUGUGUGUCCGCGGGGGGCUCUACGAGGUCGAUGUCCGGGAGAGGGAGUGUUACCCCAUCUACUGGAACCAGCAGGAACGCAUUCCCGUGAUGCGGGGGCAGUGGUUCGUCGACGGCACGUGGCUCCCCUUGGAGGAGGACGAGAGUGACCUCAUUGAGCUGGAGCACUUGGAGCGUUUCCGGGGACAGCCCAUGCAGGACACCUUUGACCCCGACGCGGUCCCUGCGGCCGUGGACAGCAAGGACGCGAUCCAGAGUCUCAAGCUGAGCCGCUCCCACGUGGACUGGCACAGCGUGGACGAGGUCUACCUGUACAGCGAUGCCACCACCUCCAAGAUCGCUCGCACCGUCACGCAGAAGCUGGGCUUCUCCAAAGCUUCCAGCAGCGGGACACGUCUCCAUCGGGGGUAUGUGGAGGAGGCGUCCCUUGAAGACAAGCCCCCGCAGACAACGCACCUCGUCUUCGUCGUCCACGGGAUCGGACAGAAGAUGGACCAGAUGCGCAUCAUCAAGAACACGGCCAUGCUGAGGGAUGCUGCUCGGAAGAUGGAGGAGAAGCACUUUUCGGACCGGGACUCGGAACACGUUGAGUUCCUCCCUGUGGAAUGGCGAUCCAGGCUGACGCUAGAUGGAGACACCGUAGACUCAAUCACUCCAGACAAGGUUCGAGGCCUGAGGGACAUGCUGAACAGCAGCGCCAUGGACAUCAUGUACUACACGAGCCCUCUGUAUCGAGACGAGAUCACCAGGGGGCUGACGCAGGAGAUGAACCGACUGUACUCGCUCUUCUGCUCGCGCAACCCGCAGUUUGAGGAGAAGGGCAAGGUCUCCAUCGUGUCCCACUCCCUGGGCUGCGUCAUCACCUUCGACAUCAUGACCGGCUGGGACCCUGUGCGCUUCUACCUGCAGGAGGGGCUGCAGGCGAAGGAGAUGGAGGCGUGCAGAAUGAGCUGCGAAGAGCGCCGCCUCCUGGAGGAGCUGUACCGCACGCGCCUGCGGUUAAGAGAGCUGGAGGAUCAUCUUGAGAGUCUCGAGUCCCCUGCAGUCCUACCUUCUCCAGUGUUAAAGUUCAAGGUAGAGAACUUCUUCUGCAUGGGUUCGCCGCUUGCUGUGUUUCUAGCCUUGAGAGGCAUCCGGCCAGGAAACGACGGGACACAGGAUCACAUCCUGCCCAAGUCCAUCUGCCAGCGCCUGUUCAACAUCUUCCACCCCACAGACCCGGUGGCCUACAGACUGGAACCUCUUAUCUUGAAGCACUACAGCAACAUUGCACCUGUUCAGAUUCACUGGUGCAACACCUUGAGCCCCACACCUUACGACCAGAUCAGGCCAACGUUUAUCAACCCUGUGAAGGAGGCCACGUCGGACACGGAGAGCAACCCCAGCCCCAGCACGUCACCUGUGAUGGCACGGCGGCACUAUGGGGAGUCCAUCACUAACCUGGGCAAAGCCAGCAUCCUGGGUGCGGCAAGCAUCGGGAAGGGGAUCGGCGGCAUCCUCUUCUCGCGCUUCUCCCGCUCCACCAGCCAGCCGUCCGGCGUGGAGAGCGGCGCUGCUGAGGGGGAGAACCAGCCUUCGGAGGCCCAGACCUGCGUGUCUCCAUCUGCCUCAGCCAUCAUGGACACCUCACUUGAGCUGGAGCGGCGCGUCGACUUCGAGCUGCGCGAGGGCCUGGUGGAGAGCCGCUACUGGUCGGCAGUGACGUCGCACACAUCCUAUUGGUGCUCCCUGGAUGUGGCUCUGUUCUUGCUGACGUUCAUGUACCAGCAGGAUGAUGUGGCUGAACCCAGCACCCAGAGUCCUGAGUCUCUGUGACACACGGUGUAGCUUCCUCUUUCUACAUACUCAGAGACGGAUGUAGACACACACACACACACACACACACACACACACACACACACACACAUCCUGCUGCUCUUGGGAAUUGCACAGCUAGAGGCAUGCAGUCUGAAUGCUGUUUUGUCUACCUGCAAUGAUGGGUUUGUCUGUGCCACUGUCUAGUCCCAUCACUUUCACUUGUCCUGAUCACUGGGGCCUUAGAGGAUGUCUAAACGAGGAUCUUGCAGGGAUGCUGGCAACAGUCCUGUGUCAGAACUUGCAGCCCAGCAACGCGUGCUCAGUGUGAACCCAAGCUUGAGCUCGGUCUACCGCAAUUUGGGUCUCGGUCCUCGUUUCCCGGUAAUUGUCUCUAGUAACCAUGGACUCUUUCUAUUACCUGUAUGUUGAGUUAGGCUCUAAAUCAUUGGCAGUUUGGGGGAAAAAAAAAAAAAAAAUGUGUGCUUAGUAUGGGCUGUAGUGUGGCAGAGGUGGCUACAGACCAGCAGGACUUUCCAAAUAAAAUAGGUUUAUUACAAAACCAAAAGAACAAAACCCCCCCUUUUAGGCAAAAGAACUAAAACCACUUCUUCUCCAGGUCACCCUCCCAACCAGGCCUUCACCAAAGCACUGCUCUCCAAAGUGUUUGGACAAGCUGCCUUUAUCGUCCAUUUAAUUGGCCGUACAGCGUCAGCAGCUGGCCGUCAUCUCUCGGUUAGGGCAGGGGCAGUUCCUUGGGAGCUGUCCAUCUUGCUGCUCCUGCCUUGGCUUGGAUUGCCCACUAGCUUACGUUAUCUUUCAACAUUAAAAGUUUUAAAAUUAUUUUAGUUAAAAAUUCCAAAUGUCUUUCCCAACGCCACAGAACUUUAAUUCUAGUAGGGUAUUAAAAGCUUGUCAGGUAAGCCUUCUCUGAUUUGGCUCUGCUAAAUGAGUUCAUCGUAAAUGAACCAGAAUUUGUCACAUAGGAUGUUAAUUGUUUACAAAUGGGAUUCUUUAUCUGCAGUUUUUUUUAAAUAAUUCUUUUAAACUGACAUUACAAUUUUUCCGUUUUAGAAUAUGCUUUUCCAUUAUGGGGCCAAAAUUUCUUUUUUUUUUUUUUUUUUUUUUUUUUGUCUCGCCAGUUUUUCCAUUCAAGGGACAAUGAUUAAGUUUGUUACUCAAAGCUCCGGCUUUGUUCAACACAAGGGUCUUGUGUCUGGUUUACAAAGGCUGAAACAAAUUUUUGCCUGUUAAAAUUUUCAUUAAUGCUAUUUUCAAUGUUGUAGUGGUUUGAUAAUACUGAUGUUUACGGAGAUUUUGCUCAAGUCAAGUCGACAUUUUUUUUUCUGUACUCUUUUUGUGUCCAGUAGAUGUCGCUCUGUUUUUAGAAACUGUAGACUGAACUGAGUAGCUUGCCAUUUGGACCCGAGUUUGACAGAUGCGCUGCGGCGCGUGGAACAGUCCAGAAAAGGGACCUUGUCCCUUUGCGUCGGGUCGUGAUGUCUCCCUACAAGCGAACCCAGUGGACUGACGGAGACUGUCCAACGUGGAUGAGACUGGACCACACCAUGGCUCUGAGGGAUGGGGAAUGGGUCCUUUCGUCAGUUCUCCUAUUUCUGCCUCGUAUUCUUCUCUCAUUGUUGUUUCUUUUUGCCUCUUAUUGUUUGUGCAUUGCUAAAAUAAGUUUUCUGUACUUUUAUAUUUGGUUUUCUUCUGAGAAUUGACAAUAUUUAAUCUUUCCCCCUUUAUCUUUUUCAAAUAAUAAUAUUAAAAUGGUUGUUACACGAAGGUGGAAAUAUAAAAAGAUGUGGACAUGACAGUGCAGAGCGUAAAGAAACGCAGUGAUUUGUUUUCCCGUUUGUUUAAAUCACAGCAGUUUAAUGCGAAAAUGUAGCGAAACGCAGGAUUAGAAGUGAUUUGGAGGUUGUUGUGAAAACAGGGCCUCUUAUUCUGUUUUGUUUCCGAGCGCUGAUCCUGCAACUGGAGCAUGUAACACUUAAAAACGACAAACUGGGACCUCAGGCUGCUGUCUCACAUUUAGCGUGAGCUCCAGACAAUAUGCACCCGGGGUCUCCCUCAAGGACUGUUCUUUACUCUGUUCACUAGCUCCUGUCCUCCAGCUGAACCUCUGUAUGCUGUUUAUUUUCUAGAUGUUAUUUAUUUGCAUUAUUUCUCUACUUUGUAUCCAUUUCUUCCUCCCCAAGCAAAGCACAGCACAUACGGUACGUGUAGGUUAUGGUUUAGAUGUCAAAGCGUGAAGAUGAUGUGGUGCUGCUGGAACUUCCAAGCACGUCACUGUGCUUUUGACUUGCUUCAGGCCGGGCCCGUAGAGGACAGACCACGGUACGAAUCCUUGAAGCCGUGAGCUCUGGCCAGUGUUACUUUUUACUCAGCGUUUGUCAAGAUCAGUCUGUCUCAGCUGAAUUGUUUGCACAGAGUGCGUAUUUUUCGGCGAAUUUAUUGCACUACUACGUAGCAUGUUGAACAGUGCCACGAAACCUCGAACCCAAGACCUCUUCUUGCGCAUUUUGCCGAAGUAUUUUUUUCGGAUCGUCUCGCUUUUCGCACAGCGCUCCGUCCGAGGACAAGUCAUUCGCUGUAGCGUUUAUUCUCGAACGCGGGAGCGGCAAUAACUGCAUCGUUACGAGCCUUUCGGACGGAUUGUUUGGAGUAGCGGCAACGGUGCCACGUCAUGCAGUCAGUCAUUUUUCCACUCAAACUUCUCCUUUCUCUCGAGUUUUCCCUUUUUGCCACCUGAAACGAAGCGACCCUCAGCUCUCGGCUUCCGCUCAUUAACGGAAACGCGUCUUUGUGUCGUGUGUUCUUUGUACGUCUGAUCUCCUGUUAAGUGCUCUGACACGUCCUGUGGUGCUCUACUUGAUAAACCAUUUUGUUCAUGAAAACAAGCCGUGGCUCUGGACCUCCUUUCGCCUCGCCUUCUGAGCCCCAGCGCUGCACGGGGAUCAGCCUUUUAUCCUGCAAUGUUGGAGAUACUAGCUCCACCGCGGUAGCUCUUUGAAACCUUGAGUGCGGCACUGAGAUGUCGACCCUAACGUUGCCGCAGGGAUUGGCGCGCUCGCGCUGUUCGUGUCCGAGGCGUCUCUGCGAAACAUCCCUCAAUUAAAGCGGCGCUUGCUGGGAUCAAAGUGUCUGUAAACCUGUGAAAAUAUUGGCUAAUUAUGAGUAUGACCAGCAGCGCGCCAUGGUUCUUCUACCCUGGUCUUGUAAAGGAGAUGAAGCAGAUGAUGGCUCCAGGUUCAAGGAGCCUCUUCUCUUACGGAAG